AUGCCCGCCCCUGUCCCCGAUCCUGUCCUGCUCGCUCUCGCCGAGGUCCGCAGCGCCUGGGGGCUCAGGCACGGGCUCCACAACACGGAGGCGCUUGCCAACUUUGAGAAAUGGCGGCGUCAGAUUAUGGAGCUGCUCGGUCGUCAGCCGCUGCCCCUCCCGGACGGCGUCCCCGCCGCAGUACACCAGCUUCGCCAGUACGCCAACGAGCUCGAGUCGAGCCGAAAGGAGAUCCCGCUCAAGCCGCCCGCUCUCGGUACGAGCGCGUGGAGGCGCAUCGUCCCCGAGCUCGACGCAGCGUACGAGAAGGAUCUCGAGAGCGUGUCCCGCUACUGCGACACGCAGGCCGAGCGUUCGCUCCCGCACCUUGCCAGGCAUCCUGAGCAGUACAAGCUACAGCGCCUCAGGCCGUACUAG